AUGGAGGAGCGCCGCGAGCGCCCGUGUCCCCUCGACGCCAGCGCCGUCGCAGAGGGACAGCGCCACGCCAGCGCAGCGCACCUAACAGAGUGCAACCAGCACUCGAGAAGACGCAAGCCCAAGCCGUUCAACAGCCUGCAACCAUCGAUGGAGGUGGAGGAAUCUCGGAUUCCCAUCGUUGUUCCGCCACCUCCGUGUCAACGGAUGCUGCUGCUGAGACCGCGCCGCCGAUACACACCUGUGCGCAAGUGCCAGCAGCCUGCCCAGAUUCGUCGCGCUGCUGCCAUCCUGCUGCAUGCAGGAGCUCCUGGGGUGACCCAACGCUCCCCUCUGCGUCAUAAUUCGGACCUUGGACGCACGAUGGAGCAGCGCAAGUGGCACGUGCAGCUGAACGAGGGGCGCGAGAGCGACCUGCCGCACCGGUUAGAGCCCGUGGGCUUCUGCAAGGGCGUCUCCGCCGACAAGGACGCCAACGGAGCUGUGGCCAAGGCGGCGGCCACCAACACGUCGGAGCUCAAGAAGAAGCGCGCCAUGGAGAUCGGCAUGGCCCCGUUCAAGAGCCUCCUGCAGACGGCCUUCAUGAUGUGGAUGAGCGGCAACUCCAUCAAUAUCUUCAGCAUCAUGAUCACGGGCAUGAUCAUCAUGAACACGGCCAAGUCCCUCUUCAACAUGAACAACGCAUUCGCGCCGGUGAACGACGGCGUGAUCGACCUGACGCAACCCAAGGCCGUGUACAUGGCGGGCAGUCUCGUGGGCGCGGCCAUGGGCGUGUACAAGUGUUCCAACAUGGGGCUGCUGCCCACGACGAGCGCCGACUGGACGUGGCUGCUGCCCAUCAAGCAGGCAGUCGAGACCUCGUCGUUCGUGCACAGUCUCGGCCACUAGCUAACUCGCAGUGGAGUCAGUCAGCCACGAGAGCCAAGGCAGUAAGAGGUUGAUGUAAGUUAGCAUUUACUCAUUGGCUUCUUUUCAAUUAGUACACGUAACUGCAGUAGAGAGCGGAACUGAAGACGCCC